UCUCUCCUCGCUCUCUCCCUCCCCCUCCCCCUCUCUCUCUCUCUCUCUCUCUUUCUCUUCGUCGUCGUCGUCGCUGCUUUCCCCCACCCGUCUCUCUCCCCCCAACCCCACCCAAAUUCCAAUCAUGGCGCUCGCGUCCGGCACGGCCCGCCCGCUCCUCGGCCGCCUCCCCGGCACGGCGCGCCACCACCUCUCCGUCUCCCCCUCGCCCUCCGCCCCCGCGCCGGCCUCCACGGUCCGCUUCGCCGCACGCAGCGGGGGCUCCCGGGCCGUCUCCCUCCGCGCCUCCGCGCCUCCAGCAGCAGCAACAGCAAUGUCUGGUAGUAUUGCACCAGCUAUCUCAUUGACCGAGAAGGCCUUGAAGCAUCUGAACAGAAUGAGAGCCGAAAAGAAUGAAGACCUCUGUUUGAGGAUUGGAGUUAAGCAAGGUGGAUGUUCUGGCAUGUCUUACACCAUGGAGUUUGAGAGUCGAGGAAGCGCCAACCCUGACGAUUCAGUCAUAGAGUAUGAGGGUUUCACAAUAGUCUGCGACCCAAAGAGCCUUCUCUUCAUGUUUGGAAUGGAGCUGGACUACAGCGACGCUCUCAUCGGGGGCGGCUUCAACUUCCAGAACCCAAACGCGACGAAGACGUGCGGGUGCGGCAAGUCGUUUGCGACCAGCAAGGAAAUGCAGAGCACAGCAACUGCCUGCAACAACUGAACUAGAAAUAUAGUGCCAGGGUGUGAUAUUACCAUGCAUCUUUGGUUGCUCAUGCAUCCGAAAAUGGUCGGAUGGACAAUACCACAGGUUCACAGAUAUACUCAGAAUGAAUGGCUACAGUUUGUAAUACAGUUCAGUUCAGUGUGUAUCAAGAUUCCAGUGGGACUUGUAAGUUGUAACUGCUCAGUAGUAGAAUUUUAAAGAUAAUCACGUGAAGAUA